GUGACGUGUUUCUUUUGAGUUGAGAAGAACAAGCAUAGAACAGCAUGUAAAUUGUACAUAAAAUUAUAAACCCUUAUUUAAAUUCGUGAAAUAGACUUAAUUUCAUAUUUUAUUGUGAAAAAAAUCUUACUGAAAUAAAUAAAAUAAUGUUACGGGGAGAUGUUUUGGACAUUUUGAAAUAAAUACUUUUAUCUAUUGGCAACAUAAUUGCCAAUUAAGUGAUUGAUUGCAAUGGCGAUGUAUCCCGUAGUAGUUUCUUAUAUUAUACACAAAUAUAUAUAUAUUAAUAAUAGUUUUGACUUAUUAUAAUAAAAUUAUAGUGAAAACAUUCUGAAUUUAUAAUUAUUAUGAUUAUGAAUUAAAAUUAACAAAUUUUUGGCUACUUGUAUAUCCGAAGGAAAACUGAAAUAGUUCAUUUUUAUUGGUUUAUUUGCUUAAUAGUUAUUUCAACUCGCCACUGCACACUUCAUUUUACAAAAUCAAAAUAUUUUAAUUUCAGUUAGGUUUUUUCACUAUAAACUAAUAAAUUAAUCACGGAUUAAGGAAAUUGUUUACGUUUUUAUUUACAAUUUACAUGCUGUUCUAUGAUUCUUCUUCCCAACUCAAAAUAAUACGUCACUGGAAGGCGGCAUAGUGCAAUUUGUUUUGUAACAGUUGUCAGACCCUAAACCGAAAAAAGUAACGGGAAAUUGUUGUCGUUGUAUUCUAUCAUUCUUGAGUAUAAUUGCAGAUAACGUCAAAAUUUCGACGUUCUCUUGCGAAGAGAAACUGGUAUGAAUAGUUAAAGCAAAUAUGAAAAAAACUUCCUUUCAAAAAUGAUUAAGAUAUUGCAAUUCCAUGAUUCUUGCUAUCUGUUCUAACCCAAUUUGCAGAACUUUUUAAUAUAACUUGUAAAACACUUAACUUAGAAAGAGUGUUUUAGUUUAUACUCGUACAAUGGGAAAGACCUCUAAAGAUAAAAGAGAUAUAUAUUAUCGUUUAGCGAAAGAAGAGGGUUGGCGUGCUAGAAGCGCAUUUAAAUUGCUACAGAUCGAUGAAAAAUUUCAUAUUUUGAAAGAUGUAACACGAGCCGUUGACUUAUGUGCUGCACCGGGUAGUUGGACCCAAGUACUUUCAAAACGUCUCUACGAGAAUCGCACUGACAACGAGGAGGUAAAAAUCAUAGCAGUGGAUUUACAAGCUAUGGCACCCUUGCCUGGUGUUACACAGAUCCAAGGCGAUAUAACAAAAUUAAGUACAGCGCAAGCCAUAAUUGAUCAUUUCGGUGGUGAAUCCCAAAAGGCACAAUUAGUUAUAUGCGAUGGAGCACCUGAUGUUACCGGUCUUCACGAUAUCGACGAAUACAUCCAGAGUCAAUUGCUGUUAGCUGCACUAAGUAUUACCACACACGUGUUGAUGACAGGCGGAAAUUUUGUCGCCAAGAUUUUUCGCGGCAAAGACACAAAUUUGCUAUAUUCUCAAUUACGUAUAUUCUUUGAGAAAGUAUCCAUAGCCAAACCAGCUAGCUCAAGAAAUUCUAGUAUUGAAGCGUUUGUAGUGUGUCAAAAUUAUCGCUGUCCAGACGGUUAUAUUCCACAAAUGAUAAACCCAAUGGUUGAUAACGUACAAGUGAUAGUAGAUGAAACAAACUCGAAUGUAAAUCGUAAACUUAUUCCGUUUGUAGUAUGCGGCGAUAUGCGUGGAUUCGACUCAGAUAUGUCGUACAGUUUAAAGCUCAACGAAAACUCGGAAUACACAUAUAAGGAAGUAGUACAAAAACCUAUUUCUCCAGCUUACAAGGAAAUUUUAGAAAAGCUUAAAAAUUGUUCGAUUAAACAUUCGGCCAUAACCGUUAAACAUGAAGAUGGAGAGAAAUAAAGAUGUGGAUGUAUCAUUCUAA